GAAAACUGGCCUGGGGCCAAAACUCCGCUCCCCCGCCCUUCUGAUAAACACGCAGCAGAGUUAACCCCCCGGUGACCGCCCGGGAUAAUAAGUAGGAAUAUAACCGUCACACCGAAUGUCUCUUCGCCGCGGAUCAGAUCGGCGGGCCGGUGACUGCGACCGAUCGAUGUAAUAGUCCUGACAUUCCGUCCUGGAGGACGUUAUUAGAGGGGGAGCCCCUCCAUCUUUAUUCCCCCCCCCUCCUCCUUCCUUCAAAUCUCUGACCAGGACCCACCGUUGGAAAGGGCGUGUCACCGAUCGGCACCGGGACUGCAGACAGACCUUUUGCUUGACCCACCAUGUCCUUCCCAGGUCAUGACUUUGAGGCAUCUAAACCCCUCCAGGAUGACCCACCCAGUUACAAUGUCAUCGCCCCAUUUGCUCCUCCAGAUUCCUAUCCACCAACCGCACCCAGUCCAGAGAUUAUGGGUAUACAGUCAGGUCUAGAGCUUCUACUCCAGAUUAACCAGUUAACUGUUCGGGAAAAAUUUACCACAUCCCAGGGCUGGGGACGUUGCUUUGAUGUGCUGAACAAUGUCAGCCAACGAAUCUUCCAGGCGCAGCAGAGGGUGGAGUGCUGCGGGCCCCUCUAUGAUGUGACUAUCAGGGACAACGGGGGCACCCAGGUCAUGCAGCUUAUGGAGAACUGUGGAUGUACCUGCACCAGAGAGAUGGACGUUCAGUGUCCUCCAGGACAUCCAGUUGGAUCGGUGAAGCUCCACUGGAACAACCUGGUGACCCACCUGUCUGUCAUGAAUGCCAACAAAGAGGUCGUUCUGCUCAUUCUGGGGCCGAGCUUACAGACCAGCAUCUUCGGAAACUCCACCUUUGAGGUGAAGUCUCGGGAUGAGCAGCAUGUUGUCGGGGUGAUGCGGAUGGAGAGCAGCAAUUAUGUUGUCUCAUUUCCACUGGAUCUGGAUGUGACUAUCAAAGCCACCCUCCUGGGUGCCGCCAUGUACCUGGACAAUCUCAUCCUUAGUAAGAAGAAAUAUGUGGAGAGAAAAGCAAGGAGCAGCGACUAAAGCCCAAUGCCAUAAUGUAUAUGUCUAUACGUAUAUACUAGGUCUCCUAUUGUGCCAUGUAUAAUGUUUAGAUGUAUCUGAUAUACAGAGCAGUUUUUUUCUUCCUCUGCAGAUGAUCACACGUGGGCCUUAGCAAAACUCUACUAACCAAUGAGCUUGAUUUAUUAAGCUGCAGUAACAUUGAAGGUAUGCUUUAGUGGCCUUCUCAGACCAUACUGGACCUGGUUCAUUAAGCUGCCAGGAGGACCUUUAAAUUAACCAAAACUUUGCCUAUA